AUGAAGAUAUCUGUUAGUAUUAUACUGGCUUAUUUAACUUCCUCCUUUUAUGGUAUUUCACUUGCAGAACAGGAAAAAGAAUCAUGGGAGAUGAGUGCCCAUGAAAAGUUAGAGGCUGCAGAGAAAUCAAAAGUUGCUGGCAACGACUUAUUCAAGAUCGGGAAGUUUCAAAGGGCUGCAAACAAGUAUAACAAGGCCCUUAAUUAUGUUAAUGAGGAUGGACAUUUUGAAGAUGAACCUGAAAAGUUAAUUAAAACUUUGAGAGUAUCCUGCUGGUUAAACCAUGCAGCAUGCUGCCUUAAACUGAAGGAUUUUACCCAAGCAAUUAGCUUGUGUUCAAAGGUUUUAGAAAUUGAGUCUUGCAAUGUGAAGGCUUUGUAUCGGAGAGCACAAGCUUAUGGUGAACUGUAUGACCUGGAAUUAGCCAAGACAGAUGUAUUGAAAGCACUGGAAUUGGAUCCUAACAACAAGGAGGUGAAGUUACUUCAAGCAAAUCUGAAAAAGCUUCAGAUGGAGCGUAACAAGGUGGACGCAAAGGUCUAUGCAAACAGGUUCGAUCGAACAGCAAAAGAAUCCGAUGUGGUGUCAAAGAGCGUUGACGCGAAGAAAGCAGAGGAAGUGGUCAAAGAGUUGUAG